UAUCCAGAGACCUCUUGCCGCAUGCGUUUGGGCCCGAGCUUGCUUUGGUUCAAGCAGUUUGAAACAAAGGUUCCAUUUUGACGCCGGGGAACAUCCCGGCGUCGGCCUUCAGGAGCAGCCACACGCGUCGGCACCGGCGACCUUCACCUCCUUCGCUUCUUCUCUCUCUGAUCCAUCCUCACGUCGCCUCCGAGAGCGCCUGGAAGAUGCCGCUGUACGAGGAGAAGUUCAUAUCGCCCCUGGCCAUCCGCUUCUCGCAGGAGCGCGCGCGGCCCACCUUCCAGGACGGCCGCCUCGUGAGCCAAUCGCUCGCGCAGAUCAAGGUGGUCGCGUGGCCCUGGGAUCACACAGCUACGACGUCCUGCUCGUCGCGCCGUUCCCCACUAUCGAGAUCAUCAGGUGGACGCCGAAGCUCCGGGACGAGGACGGCGAGAAGUGCCUGGACGAGGAGGGCAGGACGAUCAUGGGAGAGUCCUGCUGGUUCACGCUGGACAACCGUAGGCUCUACUGCCUACAGGCCGCCGCCGCUGGCGCCUGGCCGAAGAGGGCGGCGUGCGUGGUGGACGUCCUGCACGACCUGCCGCUGUCAAAGACGUGCCCGAAGAAGUUCGACACCAGGGACCUGGGCUUCUCGGUCCGCCUCGGGCGCCGCAACGACCAGUUCAACUCUCGCGCCAUCUGGAACUGGCAGGAGGUCACGAAGACCGACUGCGAGGACCUCGACGGGCUGGCGGAGGAGGACAGGCUGGCCCUCCAGUGCGUCCGGGAGGACGCCGCCAAGGAGGAAUGGGUGCAGCUCGUAGACGUGCCUGGCGACAUGCCAGACUGGCGCAGCGUCGAGGACCAGUUCCCCAACAGGGUGAUCGAGACGGCGGCCUCGGCAGCUGCGCUGGACGCGUGGCGCGCCUGGGCCCUCGGCCGACGGCGCGGGGGCGGCCGGCGACGGCUCCGACGAGGACGCGGCCGCGGCGCGCGCGGAGCGCAGGGAGCGCAGGCGCCACGAGCGGCACGAGCGGCAGGCGCUCAGCAGCCGGGCAGAGCGGCAGGAGCCGCCCGCGAGGGCGCCCGCGGCCGCGCGGCAGGCGCCGGCCGCGGAGCGGCAGGAGGACCACCCAGAGAUGUGCCGCUGUUUUUUCCUCGUGCUAUCCGCGCGGGCCUCCGGGCGGCGGGCUCGCUGGCGAUAGCGGCUACCCGCCGCAGUGGGGCCACGAGCAGCCCCCGUGGGACGACCCGUGGGCGUACCAGCAGAUGGGCGCCCCGGGCCCCGACGUGGCGACCUUGUGGCGGGCGCAGCAGCUGCUGCUGCAGGGCGGCAUGCCGCCUGGCCCUUUCGGCGCCGGCGGGCUCACGGGCGGCGUGCCGCCGCGGUUUCGGAUGCCAGCCGGGGGGUACCAGGACGCCCGAGGCUGGGGCCACAGCAGCACGCCAGGGGCUGGCCCAGGCCCGCUGGCGCCGGCCAGUGGAACGCCCCCCGCCAGGCGCCCGAGGCCUCGGCCCCGCAGCCUCGCCCGAGAGCCGCCGCGCAGCGGCCGGCGGCGGCGGGCCCGGGCAUGCCGCCCGCGCCGCGCCCGCGCGCCGAGCAGCAUGUGGGCGCCGUCCGCGCCGCGCCGUCGCAGCGGCUCGGCCUGACAGGCGCCGGGCACGUCGAGAGCUCCUCGGGCGCGGCCGGCGAAGGCGCGGGCGCCAGCGCCGACCUCGGCCUCGGGCUGCCUCGGGCGGCGGACGGCGACGAGGACGACGACGGGGAGGGGUGUGAGCAGCAGUGACGCCCUCGGGGGCCGAUCCCCCCCCCAUGGUUGCCGCUGACGCUCGUGCUGGCGGGCGCCUCGGCGGCGCAACUGCACCGCGCGCACGCCCUGCACCCGCACAGUAUAUCUUCUCCUCGCCAGCUCGGGCUGGCGCGAUCCGGAGCAGUUGGCCGUGAUCGCUGGAGGGAGGAGGGGUGUCAUGCCAGUCCCAAUUGAAAUGCGUAGCCACCGUCGGAUAUUCGGGUCUCCCUCCCCCUUCUCCCUCUCCCUCCCUCUGCUCCCUCUCGCCGCCUUCUCUCCCCGCUCGGGGGCGGCCACGAGGAGGGUGAUGAUUAGGGACGGGGUAGAUAUCAUGGCUGGGGCCAUGAUGUCUCCUCGGAAUUCAUGGCCCUCUUCUUCUGUCAAUGCG